GUCUUGCACGUGCGUGGUUUGUUGUCAGCGUUUUAACUUUGAUAAUUCUUAAUUAAAACCAUGCCCGCCGCCCCCGCAGCCAGCAAUGGCAAGCCCACGGAGCCGCACAAAUCCUGGAAGAAGGUGAACGAGGAGCGGAAGGCGCUGAAGCGCCAGCGCAAGCAGGACAAGCUGCUCAAGGAGCUGCAGCAGGCACAGGAGGCGGAGUCCCAAGCGGAGCAGGCCGCCAAUGGAGCCCAGACGAAGGACAGGCCCAAUCCCUCCACCCUGAGCAUAGCUGUGCCCGGUUCCAUUCUCGAGAAUGCCCAAUCCGCCGAGCUGCGCGCCUAUGUGGCCGGUCAAAUAGCCCGGGCAGCCUGCAUCUUUCGAGUGAACGAGGUGAUCGUCUUCGACGACGUGGGCAUAGCCACUGCCCGCGAAACGAAGCGCAGCUACGAGCCGGAUGCGGAGGGCACUGGCACUGGCACCGUGCGCAGCAGCUCCCUGCAACUGGCCCGCAUCCUGCAGUACCUGGAGUGCCCGCAGUAUCUGCGCAAGUACUUCUUUCCGCUGCACAAGGACCUCAAGUAUUCCGGGCUGCUGAAUCCUCUAGACACGCCGCACCAUCUCCGGAUGCAGAGCAAGUUCCGGUAUCGCGAGGGCGUCAUAUGUGACAAGAAGGCCAAGGAGGGGCAUAGCUACGCAAAUGUAGGACUGCUCAACGACGUUCUGGUGGACAAGGCCAUUGAGCCCGGCGUCAGGGUGACUGUGAAAAUGGAACCCCAAAAUGAGUCUAGCAGAAAACAGCGCGGAACCCUCGUCAGCCCUGAUGAGCCGCGUCGGGAAACUGGCGUCUAUUGGGGCUACCAGGUGCGCAUCGCCCACUCACUGUCGGAGAUUUUCACAAAAUCACCCUACGAUUCCGGCUACGAUGUGACGCUGGGAACCUCGGAUCGAGGCACCAACGUCCAUGAGGUUCCUAGCCAAUCCUAUAGCUUUAAGCACAUGCUUAUCGUGUUUGGAGGACUGCAGGGCCUGGAGUCUGCGCUGGCCAACGACGAAAAGCUGACUGUGGAUGAUCCGGAGCUGCUGUUCGAUCACUACGUGAAUGUUCUGCCCCGGCAAGGAUCCCGAACCAUUCGAACGGAGGAAGCCUUGCUGAUUGCUUUGGCAGCUCUGCAGGAAAAACUGAAACCGGAAGUGGCCGAUGUGGAGACUGAUCUAAGUGAUCUGUUGCCCAAGAGCGAGGAUACUGGCAUUUCUGUGCGCAGAGAUGCAUUAGUUAGCAAAAAGCAGAAGAAAAGGAAACCAGUGGAGGACACUCCAGAAGCACCAGUCGCUGAUGAACCUGCUCCGCCGGAACCAUUGCCCAAAGUGACUCGACUGACGGCCAAUCCUUUCGGCGAUCCAUCCGCGAGUUCUGGAAAAAUCACCCCCGCAGAUGACGACUUUGAAGUAGUUUCCUCCACAACCGUUUCUGGAACAAAGAAAUCGAGUGCAAAUAAUGAUUUGAGUAGGUUCGAUUGAAUGGAAUAGUUGGAAUUUUAUUUUUGUAAAUAUACAGAUCCAUAUGUGUUGCUUACA